AAUUCACGUCAGAAACUAUAAAUAAAUGUAAGGCGGUUUUGGAGUAUCGUCAAAAUAAAGUGGUUCGAAGAAAAUUACGCACUUCAUAUGAUAAAGUAGAACUCUCAGAUGUAACAUUAAACGGAGGAUAUCAUCCGCAGUGUUAUAAACUAUUUACAGCAAUUAAAAUACCUCCUGAUUUUCAAAAACAACAGAAAAGUGAAGCGGCAUUUGAUUAUGUUAAUAAAUCAACAGACGAAUCGUGUGAUGGGAUUAAAAUGACUUCGACGGACACUUAUCAGUUGAAAUGGCACUCACACAGUUCGCAUUUAAAUGGAUCGGUGGCGUCUUUGCUCCGAUCGGAGCGGUUUACGGACGUGGUUCUGUGUACGAUGGAUGGGUCACAGAUACCUGCGCACAAGUUCAUCCUAAGCUCAUGCAGUGUUUACUUGAGCACUCUUUUGGAGAGCCAACGGGCAGUCAAUCGUAUGGGCGGAUUGCUGUACGUUGUACUUCCUUCAGAAAUAUCGACAAAGGCGUUGAAAAUCCUUGUUGAAUAUAUGUAUAAAGGAGAAACAACAGUAUCUAAUGAAGUCCUAGAUACAGUUUUAAAGGCAGGUGAGGUGUUAAAGAUCAGAGGACUAUGGAGACAAGCAGAUGAAGAAACCGCUGUUUCUGAUAAAGCAACAACAAUAGCCUCACAAACUAUUGUCAACAAGCAAAUGGCCGUUGCUAAGAAACCUGAGGAAGUACAAGCAAAAGUAGCCAUUAAGAAAGAUGAUAAAAUAGUGAAAACGUUUAAUCCAGCGCAACAGCAGGGUGUAACUAGGCCAAUGUUCAUUGGACCACCUAAGCUGGUGUUCAUAAAGACCAGUGAGGGUGGAACUACAGCACUACGCCCUUGCACUUCUAAAGGUCAAACUAUUCUAGUGGCACAUACCCCACAACCAGAGAUCAUGACCUCCUCUGUCACAACAAUACCUACUCCAAGCAUCACUGUGGGAUCUACCACCACUAUAUCUGAUGAUUCUCCAGAUGAAGCUCCCCCCACUAGGGUACUAAGAAGACAUGCAGCUGAAAAGAAAUAUGGAAAGAGACAAAAGACUGACACAAAGGAGACAGAAGAAGCAAAGGAUAGUGAAGAUAUUCAGGACAACAUAUCCGAGACGUCAAAGAAAUCAUCACAUAGCACAGAAGUGUCCACCGAGGUGCAGAUAAAGGAGGAACCAGAGUGGGAUGCAAGCAGCAUUGAAGAGGAGGAAACCUCCAUCGCAGAGAUGUUCCAUGCAGAGAUGACAGUCAAGUCUGAACCUAUUGAUGACAUGGAUAUUGAAGAGGAGGGACUGAUGUACAGUCCUCUGGCGUGCGAGCUGUGCGCGGAGGUGUUCACGGUGCCGGGCGCGUGGGUGCGUCACGUGCAGGGACAUGCGCACUCCGACCAAGCGCACGCGCGCAAACGCAAGGCCAGAUCCGCAAGUGAUGACACGGAAGAGACGACGGCGUUGUUACGUUGCGAUUUGUGUCAGAAACAUUUCCCCAAUCCCGCGCAAUGGGUCCGUCAUAUACAGAGCACACACACCGAGACAGAAUUGGCCAUAUCAAACAACAGUGCCCCACCAAAACGUCACAAUCGUUUCACAGAGGGCGCGCAAAACAAGAUUUGCUCGCACUGCAAGAAGAUAUUCCCCUCGCACGCCUCCAUGCUCAUACACAUGCGCACACAUACAGGGGAGCGUCCGUUUGUGUGCGGUCUGUGCAACAAGGGCUUCAACGUGAAGUCGAAUCUGCUGCGUCACCUGCGCACUCUGCACGACCAGCUGGCGGAGGAGGAGGGCGCGCCCGCACUCGACGAGCCCGGGCCCUCUGAGGUCAAGCGGGAACCAUGAGGACGCGGAGGGGGGGCAGGUAGAGGUCGCGGGCGGCGCGGCGGGCGGGGC